AUGGGCGUAACUUUAACGUUUAUAAAGAUAAACAGACGGUCAUUCUUGCAACUUUAAAGUAAAGAUGGCUAAUUUUGAUGGAUAUGAUGGUCAUGUCCCAAUGUCCCAAUCUUCAUCUGGACCAAUACAAGCACAACAACAGCGUUCCAUGGAAGCCACAAAAGAGAGGAUUUAUAAAAUUCAUGGUAACGUUAUAAAUAUUCUAGAAGAACUAGAAGACCGACAGCAAAAGAAAUCGAAGAAAGAAUUAUUACCAAAAUCUGGCACUGACUAUUAUGACCACAGUGAAAAAUGUGACGACACUGCAAAUGAAGUGGCCCAAGGCCAGCUUAUUGCAUGUGAAGCUGUUUUGAAAGGUUGUGAUCCCCAGAUUAAGGACUCCCUGCGCAAAGAACUGGAAGAAAAGACUCGAAAAUGGCUUGCAGUACGUCAGAGCAAAAAUCUUCCUAAAGACAUUGUAGAUACAUAUGCUGAAAUGGCAUUAGAAAUAAUAACAAGGGGAAAGACCAAACAUGCAACGGAAUUCACCGAAUUUAAAUCAAAGGAACACCCAAUGACUCCAGAUGAUGUUAAUUUGCUCAUGACUGGACAGUAUAAAGCAAGUGAAGUUGACAAAGAAUACGCUAAGGACCCACAGCGUAAAGCGAAAUCUCCUAGUAUAAGAGCAGUGGGAAAAGAGGAAGCCCAUUUCCUUAGCCUAUCGGGUUAUGGAGACAAAUGCCUUGUCUUGCUCAGCGAUGGAACUAUAUUGUCAUUCAAAGGAUCGAAUUGGAAAAUGGAAUCUAAGGUUACAAAUGCAAACUUCACAAGGAUACAGGGAUUACCUAGAUGUUUGAAACAUAAAGUUCUUGCAAUAAACGAAAGUGGUGAAACGUUUAUAGCUGAUUCUAAUUGUCAGAUUUGGGUACCUUGUCGUGUUGGAGAUACACAGGUCCUCAACAUUGUUGUUGGAACUGAGUCAGUACUUGCUGUUGAUAUAAAAAACAAUGUGUGGAAAUUGGAGUCAGGAAAUGGUCUUAUGUGGACAAAAUUCUUCCACUUCCCAAUAUUUAAGGGAAUGAUAGACAUUGUCCUUGGAAAAACGAAACGAUGGGCUGUGAAUUCUGGUGGACAAAUAUUGGUAUAUGAUCAAUCAAAUAAAUGGCAGGUAGAUGAUACACAGCCUGAGAGAGUGAAGUUCGCAAAAGUUUACGCUAAUUUGUGGAAUGACCAGGUUUUUGCAAUUGAUGUCAAUGGCAAUGUUUACUCAAAGUUAUCGCAGAAGGAUUUGGAAUGGAGUCAAGACAAAAAAAGGACCAAGACUUCAGACCCUCGCACUGACGGACACAACAAUUAUAGGUAUCGAUAAAGGGAAUGAUAUGUGGUAUAAAAAGACUUCAACAUCUAAAGUUAAUGAUAAUACUUGGGAACGACUGAACUCGGUGUCAGAUAUUCUUAGUUCAUGUCGUUUAGGGAAAACUGACAAUGAAGAAUUGAUACAGUAGUGUAUAACAAUUAGUCAGAACACAUCUAAAAAUGAGAACUAUGUCCACUCAAAGACUUUUUAGUUGUUUAGUUGUUUUUGAAAUAUAUUGCUGCUCACCCUAUAAUAAAACUUCAAUGAACUGUU